GGGGGAGGAGGGGGAGGGCGAGAACGAGGAGCAAGACUCCCAGAACGAGGGCAGCACUGAGGAGAAGUCGAGCCCGGCCAGCUCGCAGGAAGGCUCUCCUGGGGACCAGCCGUUCUCCCCCAAGCCCAGCACAGAGACUUCCAAAGGGGAGUUGAUGUUUGAUGACUCCUCAGACUCCUCGCCUGAGAAGCAGGAGCGGAACUUGAACUGGACCCCGGCUGAAGUGCCUCAGCCUACCGCUGCUAAGCGCAGGCUGCCCCAGGGCAAGGAGGCCGGGCUCAUUAACUUGUGUGCCAAUGUCCCCCCUGUCCCUGGGAACAUCCUGCCUUCGGAAGUCCGGGGGAGCUUCAUGCCUUCUGGACAGAACCUCCAGAGUUCUGAAAGAACAGAAAUGAUCACCGCGUGGAGCCCGGCCGUGCGGACGUUGAGGAAUAUCACUAAUAAUGCUGACAUUCAGCAGAUCAAUCGGCCAUCCAAUGUAGCACAUAUCCUGCAGUCCCUGUCGGCUCCCACAAAGAGCCUGGAGCCGCAGGUAGGCCAUGGCCAGCAGGGGCAUGGCAGUGCCAGUGCCAGCGCCAUGCUGCUCAGCCAGCCAAGGGGUGCUCCUGACACACACCUGCCUCCACCGCACCGCCAGCCCCCACCGCAGCCCCCUUUGCAGCACCCUGUCCUCCACCUGCAGCCCCCGCAGAUGCCUCAGCAGCACCAGCAGCAGGUCCUUCAGCACCCCUUCCCCCAGCAGCAGCUGCACCGCACACAGCAGCCCUUGCAGUCGUUCCACCAGCAGCAUCUGCAGCAGCAGCUCCACCAACUGCAGCAGCAGCAGCUCCAGCACCAGCAGCUGGCACAGCUGCAGCACCAGCACAUGCUCCAGCAGCAGCAGGUGCAGCGGCAGCAGGUACAGCAGCAGCAGGUGCAGCAGCAGCAGCAGGUGCAGCAGCAGCAGCUGCAGCGCCUCCACCUCCACCAGCAGCAGCAGCAGGUGCAGCUGCAGCAUCCCUCUGUUCCACACCUGGGCCAGGCGCCCCCGCCCCUGCAACACCAGGCCCCACCCCUGCAGCCCCCACCUCAGCAGUCUCUGCCGCAGCUGCCGCUGUGUGGACACGACCCAUCUGUGGAGAUUCCAGAAGAAGGUUUCCUGCUGGGGUGCGUGUUCGCGAUUGCGGACUACCCGGAGCAGAUGUCUGACAAGCAGCUGCUGGCCACUUGGAAAAGGAUCGUCCAGGCGCAUGGCGGCGCGGUGGACCCCGCCCUCACGAGCCGGUGCACUCACCUCCUGUGCGAGAGCCAGGUCAGCAGCACGUACGCACAGGCGAUACGAGAACGGAAGCGCUGUGUCACUGCACACUGGCUGAACACAGUCCUGAAGAAGAAGAAGAUGCUGCCGCCUCACCGAGCCCUGCACUUCCCGGUGGCGUUCCCGCCUGGCGGGAAGCCGUGCUCACAGCACAUUAUCUCUGUGACUGGGUUUGUGGACAGCGACAGGGAUGACCUGAAGUUGAUGGCGCACCUGGCGGGCGCCAAGUACACGGGCUACCUGUGCCGCAGCAACACCGUCCUCGUCUGCAAAGAACCCAGCGGUUUGAAGUACGAGAAGGCCAAAGAGUGGAGGAUCCCAUGUGUGAAUGCACAGUGGCUCGGCGACAUCCUGUUGGGGAAUUUCGAGGCGCUGCGGCAGACUCAGCACGGGCGGUACACGGCCUUCAACCUCCAGGACCCCUUCGCGCCCACGCAGCACCUGGUGCUGAGCUUGCUGGACGCGUGGAGAGUUCCGCUGAAAGUGUCGCCGGAACUGUUGAUGGGCAUAAGGUUACCUCCCAAGCCGAAGCAGAACGAAGUAGCCAGCAUCCAGCCUUCCUCCAAAAGAGCCAGAAUCGAGGAUCUUCCACCUCCCACGAAAAAGCUGACCCCGGAGCUGACGCCCUUGGUACUUUUCACAGGAUUUGAGCCCGGCCAAGUUCAGCAGUACAUUAAGAAGCUCUACGUCCUGGGCGGUGAGGUGGCUGAGUCUGCGCAGAAGUGCACCCACCUCAUCGCCAGCAAAGUGACGCGCACCGUGAAGUUCCUGACGGCCAUCUCCGUGGUGCGACACAUCGUGACGCCGGAGUGGCUGGAGGAGUGCUUCAAAUGCCAGGAGUUCAUCGACGAGCAGAAGUAUGUCCUCCGGGAUGCUGAGGCCGAGGUGCUUUUCUCUUUCAGUUUGGAGGAGUCCUUGAGACGGGCGCACGGCUCCCCACUCUUCAAGGCCAAGUACUUCUACAUCACGCCCGGCAUCUGCCCGAGCCUGUCCACCAUGCGGGCGAUCGUGGAGUGCGCGGGUGGGAAGGUGCUGACCAAGCAGCCGUCCUUCCGCAAGCUCGUGGAGCACAAGCAGAACAAGAGUCUGUCGGAAAUCAUUGUGAUCUCCUGCGAGAACGACCUGCACCUGUGCCGCGAGUACUUCGCCAGAGGGAUUGAUGUUCACAAUGCAGAGUUUGUCCUGACCGGUGUGCUAACACAGACGAUGGACUAUGAAUCAUAUCCUUUGGCAGAAGGCUGGCGCCAGGGUCGCACCCGCCCCUGCUGUCGCCUGCUCGAGCUGCUGGCAGCUCUUCCUGCAGGCCCUCGCGGGCCCCCGGCACAGUGGUCUCGGGGGCGAGGUCGGUCUUAGUGCUGACCAGUCGUGUAGGCGUUUACGUGUUCCACAAUCAACUAAGAUAGAAAAUAGCUACGAGACAAAAGCCUUCAGUGUUGAACCGGUUUUUGAGUUUGUAUCUUUGAAAAUGGAAUGUCGCCUGCGUGUGUUCUCUGCGCUGGAGCUUGCUGGGGACAACAGCUUGAUAGAAGCACUGUGGUCCAUCGCUUGUGGUGUUCACUGGGAGGGCCGGCCUUCAGGGUGGUGUUCGAACGUCCGUAGGCUGUGGUUUUCAGCACUCAGGAAAAAUGUUUCUCGUGCUGUUUAUGAUCUUCAUUAAACAUUAAAAAUCAAGACUACUCUGUGCCCAGCAGCCCCAGCGAAGCACUGUGGCUCCCAAGCCCUUGUGCGUGAGCACCGCCCGACCCCGGCGUCUCAAGCCCGCGGGCUCAGGGUCUGGUGAGCUGACUGGUUUUAUCACACAGCUCCUCUGAGCCUGGAAGGGCUGCAGUGUUUGCUGUCAGUCGGAGGCCCGGGGCACCUCGGCACAGAGCCCUUUAGG